GUGCAAGAAAAGAGUCUAGGCUGACUACUACUUUAAUUGAUGAUGAAAAUAACGAAUUUAAUUUAUUUAAUUUGUUAAAUGAUCAACAUGUAAAUCAAAAUACACUUUAUGAAAUUAAGAUCAAGUCAACCUAUUUGAAAAGUUGCUUAUUAAACAUUGGAGUUAUGAAAACUUUCAGUGUUGAAAUAAAAUGUGAAGCAUCAAGAUCUAAUGACUGUGACAGUGACAAUGAAAACAGACAUUUUUUAUUAUUUUCAGCAAUUGAUGUUUAUGGAAGAAAAGAAUGCAAAAUUCCAAUUGCAUGUCCUCUAAAUCAUCAGGGACUAACACCAUCAUUUAGAGAAAUAAAUGCAGAAAUAAUUAUUAAAGAAAAUGGAAUUAUGUUGAUCAGGGUUCCUAUAAGUGAAAAUUUGAAUGUUGAAUAUACAGUAACUAUAUUAUAA